AUGGCUCCGCACCCGAGGCGGCAAUUCUUAGUGCUACGGAAAUGGCGCACAGACCUUCCCAGGGGUGGGUGCGUUUUAGUAUCCACAUCCGUGGACCAUGCCACCGGCCAACCAGAGGACGGGGUUCAAGCCAUGAUUGUCAGCUCACAGUAUUUAAUGGAGCCUUGUGGAAUGGGACGGACCAGGCUAACCUACAUUUGCAGAGCGGACCUUAGAGGACGUUCUCCCGACUGGUACAACAAGGUGUUUGGACAUCUCUGUGCGAUGGAAGUCGCUCGUAUCCGCAACUCUUUCCCUCCUCUAAGUCCAUGUGGACCUGAAACAAAGCUCUAA